AUAGUUACGAAAGCACUUCCUGUCUUCAUUUGAUGCGUGUGUUUAUUGGUUGAAACACGAGGAAUCUUAAGCAGUUAAAACAACAACGAGAUUCCCGCUGGGUCGAGUACUGUCAUAGGUUGAAUUGCCGGAUGGCACUGCUGAGGGGACUAAGUCGAAUUUCCGGAGUGUACCGCUGACCAGUCGCGGUAAAGGUGAAAUGUGAACUGCUCGCAAAGUUGGCAGUAAAUCACAAAUGUAUGGGCGAUUACUUUGCUGGAAAACGGAGAAAUCUCGCGCUUUAAUUCACCAUCACCUACAGAAACCCGAGGCCUUGAUCUAUGAUUGAGACAUGGAGGGCGAUGGGGACUUGAUGAAAAUGCUAAUGCGCGCUGACCCUCCUGACGAAAGUAUUCAAGGGCCCAUGGACGAGUCAGCGAUGGUUCAAUCUGGGGGAUAUCCCCAGACUGGUAUGGCAUUUGGGUCUGGUAGCUAUGCAGGUAUGCAGCAGCAGUUUACUGGAAUGAGUUCCCAACAACAGCAACAGUGUAGCUCUGGUUACCCCUCCAUGAAUCCAGGUCAAAUGAUUCCAAGAAGUCCAAACAAUGGCAUGAUGCAGCCAGACAUGGAUCUAAUGCUUCAACAGCAGCAGUAUCCGCAGCAGCAGCAACAGCAACAGCAGCAGCCUCCACAAUCUGCGUAUGGGAAUGGAAAUUAUCAAGGAUACAACGGAGGUUACCAGGGUGCUAGGACUGUGUCUCCUCAAACUCAUUCCCAAGCCAUGAGUCCGUAUCAGGGUGGUUUUCCUCCGGAUCCCAGUUACCCUCCUGGAGGUGUCAGUGGACAAACCAUGGGGGAGUUUGGUCCACAGGCUGGCCCCACUCAGCCCAUGGGAAUGCCUGGACCAGCCUCCUUGAGCCUAGCUGCUAUGAGCAAUAGGCAACAGUACUAUGCGGAUGGCUAUGGAAUGAGUCAGGCAGUGUCUCCUGUGGGGAAGCAGAUGCCACAAGGAGGAGGAUUUCUGCAGCCUUCAGGAAUACCAUAUUCACAGCAGGUUCCAUAUCAGCCCAGUUCAUAUCCUAAGAGGCCAUCAUCAUCACCCACACAAUCUCAAAUGCAGGGGUAUAGUUCUGCUGGCCCUUCCUACACAGCCAGAUCAGCUACAGGGAUGCAGUUGCCUAACAUUCCGUACACAUCUUCUACAAACCCAUACCAACCACCUUGCUCCCCUGGACGAAGAUCCUCCUCAACGUCACCAGUACCACAGCAAGAUGCAGGCAUGUACAGCAGGCUUCAAGAACACUUUCCGCAGCCCAGGUCUCCGUUUGGGUCAAGUCAAGGGCAUUUCCAGCAACAUCAGCAACAACCGACGCAGAGUUCGUGUAUGUUUGUUCAACCCAGCAUUACACCCUCACAGUCUCACUUCCAGUCGCAACAGCUUAUGGCUGCCAGCAAGACAGGAGGCUUAACCCAACGUCGUGCAUCUUAUCCAGGACAUCAGAACACCGUGAAAAUGCCUUCUCCUCCAUCAAAGAGAUCUCCAACCAAGGGCCCCUCUCCAAGUGCCACAACUCCAGAUCUCUCUGGAGUUGGGCAACUUGGAUUUGAGGAAAGAAGCUCUCUGAAACCUCUCACCGCAAAGGAGAAGGCAUCGUCUCCACCAAGCAGUGAUCCAAGUCCAAUGAAUUCAGAACCAACGGUUACUGUCUCCAAUGCUGUACAAUGCUCAUUCAAGAAGAAGUCAACGUCUGCAAAGAAACGAAGUGAAACCCUCAAAGCAAAUCCUCGACAACGACGAAGCGCCUCAGAUGCUGCAAGUCCUUAUGUUUCACCCUCAAUUAUGAAAGAAGAGUCUUUGUGCUCGGAUGGACACAAGAAUGAAACUGGAGAAACGAUCGGAAAGAAUGGGUGUGAUAAGACUGAAGCAAAGUCUAAAGAAAUCAAUGUUAAUGAAUCCAAUGAGAGCAAGUCGGUGUCAAGACAGGAGGAUGGUCAAGAGGAGGGAAGUUUGGAGAGUUUAUCGAACAGUAAGGUCGAAGAAUCUUCAUGUGAUAUUAGCAAAGAGGUAGGAAACCAAUGCGAAGGUGAUGAAGUAAAGCCAGAGAAAACAACUGCGGUAGAAACGACUUCCGUUGCUCCACAAUCAAUAGAGAAAUCUGAAGUGGAGCAUGAAGGAGUAGAAGAAAGUGCAACGAGCCCUAUUGAGGCAGAAAGCUGUGCCAUAAGUCCAGUUAAGGAGCUGGGUAACGUUGGAACUUCCCACGAGAACUCGAAAUUUAGCAAUGAUGAUAAGGAUGAGACGUGCACAGGAGGGAAGGAACCUUCUGAGGGAAAAAUUGUUGAUUGUAAAGAGAAAUCAAACAGAGAAUUGCAAAAAACGGGUACUGACAACGAAGAACUAUCAGUCGCUUCUGUGACAGAUUCCAAAAUCGGGGAUUUGAGUGGAACCUCCGACGAAAGUAAUAAUACUGACGACAAGACACGAUCAACCGGUCUCGAAGCAGACAAAACCAGUCAGAGUUGUGGAAAAUUAGACGACCGAUGUAAGGAAAAUGGGAAAACCAACCAAAAGAAUGAUGAUGGGACUGGAAAAGUGAGAACUAUCGAAGGUGCCUCCAAUGCGUGUGAAACUGAUAAGACUGGUUCUGGCGUUGAUGACGCACGUGCUGUGUGCGUAGAUAAGGAGGAGAAUUUUAAUAAGACAGCCAAAGUUGAUACUCCGGCUAAGGAGUCUGAGGAAGGUGAAGAGGUGAAAGAAGCUGAAAGUAGAGAAACUGGAAUAACUGAGAAACCCAAAGUCUGCAGCACGGUAGAUGAGCCUAAGGCCAUCGGUGAGGAGUCCAGCGGUGCGACGGAGAAAUCACUUUCCGAUGGUACUCUAGAUGCCAAAGUCCCCAGGAAAAAGGAGCGUCUAGCAAUGCCUUCCCUAAGAUGUGAAGAACGUCUCUCUUCAGAUGAUGAUGAUCACCAACACGAAAAGACUCCAGCGGAUAAAAAAACUCAAGAGGAGUCAGACAGCGAUGGCGGCCAUGUAGUUGAGAGCAGAACCCUGGGAAUUCAGACAGUGCAGCAGCAUACAGCUACAGCACGCACCACCCAGCACCAGGCAACCCCCAUUAAGGCUACCAUCAUUGCCAAGGGCACUUCUUCACAGAGCAAUCAACAGGUGAUGGUGGCAAAGACUACCACUGGAAAGAUGUACCUCAUUCAGGGGAACAUCUUGAUGCCGGUACAAAAGCUUAGCACCGAUUCAUCCAAACAAAAUCCACAGGUGAUUAUUGUGAACCCAGUUACGACGGGUUCUGGAAGUAAUUCGGCUACAAAAGGAGGUAACGCUACAGAUACAACAAAAGACAGAAACGACAGUAAAGUUGAAAAUUGCCCGAGCAGUCCACGGAACGAGGCAUUGAAUGUUUCAGACAAGGGAAUUUCUGGAACUGCAACCAUGUCUGAUAAAGAAAAGAGCGUUAAAAAUCCAGAGCACUCGCCCAAAACCAAGAAUCCUGUGAAGAAAGACAAAUCACCAACCUCUAAAACAACUAAAAAUUCACCUACUCGACCUGAUAAAGGCCGUAAAACUGGGGAAAAGGAUAAGCAAACUGAUAAGACGGAAUCUUCUUGCACGAAAGACAAUCCACAUUCGAAAAAAUCUGAUAAAACAGCAGAAACGUCUUCUACCACUCAAGCCUCCCCGGUGGAAGGAAAUAAACAGGUGACGCCAAACAAAACUCGUGGACGACCAGUGGGAAGUAAAGAUAAGCAAAAGCGAAAACCAUACGUGCAUAAAGUCAAGCGAAAACAAGGCGACUCAGAAAUAGAGGAAGAGGUCAAGUCGGAGCCUGUCACUAAACGUAAAUUCUCAAAAACUGCUGUCGCUGUUCAAGAAAUGUCCUCGGCUUCCGGACCGUCGGUUGCGAGCACGAAACGGUCGGUAGAAGCUCCAACAGUAAGUAUUGGAAGGCCCUCGAAGAAACGCAAAAUUUCCACUUCAAGCUCACCCGUAAAACACGUCAUGUCGACCAAACCGCGCGGCGGAGUUGAUGGCGAUACAUGGGUUUGCUCUUUUUGUGGCAAGCGAAGCGGUUUUAACUUGCUAGGAGAUCUUUACGGACCUUAUAAAACGAAAUUUUCAAAGGAUUCAGGUUGUUCCUUCAUCGAAGACAAUUUUACGAUAUUCUGCUCAACACACAAGGAAAAUGAAUCGAAUGGAAGCAAAUUGAUUGUCGUACAAACAAUUGACAGUAAUGGAGGCCCUGAAGUCCAGAAGUGGAGGCGUUUUGUUAAGUUCGAUUUAAAGGACAAUUUCUAA